GAGUACGGUAAGAAAAUACUGAACUUAGUGAAAGUUCCCAUGGAAUUAUAUGUCAUAAAAGAUAUACCGUAGUGCUUAAAGGUAAAAUGCCUCAAGGAACAGAGAUAUGUAUCUUGUCUGGUUAAAAUAUACUGUGAAAGGUCCAAUCGCAUCAUCAAGGAAGAAUUGGAUUCAAAGGUGCAGAUUGUCAGUCUCAACACCAGCCACGCAUUAUGAUACUUUGGGAAUAGGAAGACAAGCCAACACAAAAGAAAUCAAACAGGCAUAUAUUUGUCUCUGUAAAAAAUUGCACCCAGAUGCUAAUCCAAGUGACCCUCAAGCACAGCAAAAAUUUAUCCAACUUCAAGAUGCUUACAAUAUACUGAGUGACCCUAAGGAGAGAGCAAGUUAUGAUGUGCAGAUGUACAAGGAGCUGCAUUCAAGGGCAAAUGUCAAACAAACAUAUACCACUAGUCACAGCACAGAGCACAUGUCUGAACAGGAAGUCAUGCAGAGGUUUUACAAAAGACAUCAGGAGAUUUACGAAGAAUGGGCCAGGAAAAACAAAAGUCAGUCCAGCACCAACACACACCAACAUUGGAAUGAGAACAGACAACAGGCAUAUGACGACCCCAAGGAGUGGUCUGGGCCAGGGAAUUUCAAUCCACAUGACGAGGUGUCAUUCAGAGUGUAUCGGUAUCUGAGUAUGCUGUCUGUCGCAGACUUAUUCCUCAUCACUGCUUUUGGGAAGGUCAUCUCUCUGUUCCUGAUGAUGUACCUUUUAUAUUCUUAUUACAAAAAAUUCUAGUGGCCAUGAUCCUUACAGUUUGUUCUUCAAUGAUUUUCAUUUAUUAAGUUAUUGACAUGUAUGUUAAAACAUACUAUAAUUUCUGUUUGACAAUUUAAGUUUAUUUAAUAGCUCUGUUUACUAUGAUUCAAAUAAAAAUUUGUUUUAUAUAUUUUGGACAAGAUUAACAACUUGUGAAUGUACAUUGUAUAUUACAGGAAAAUGUUAUCAUGUAUAUGUAAUUGGUAACAUAUUGACAGGAUACAAUGUGUUGUAAGUGCCAAGUAAUAUAUUUAUAGACUUGCUUUGUAUUUUGAAAUUGUUGAAUUUUAUUUUGAAUAAAAAUAUAAGUAUAAUUUUA